AUGGCUCUACCCACUGUUACUAUUAACAUAAAGGAAAGUCCUGAUGAUGAACCAGGGCCUAUUACAUACUAUGGAGGUCCUCUCGAUGAAAAUAAAGUUAAGUUGACUAAGGCCGAGUUUCCUCUUAACUCUGGCCUCUGGAAGUUCACACAUGUAGCAUCUACUAGGAUUCUUUUCACUGUAGAAAAAGUACAGUCUGGAAGUACCAAUGUGCCUGAUAUAACUGAUAUAAAACCAAAAAAUGGUGAGCCCGUAAAGUCCUAUUCUGUCUGGUACUGGAAGUAUGACCAAUCAAUGAAUAACCCUUUAUUCAUAGAGAUUUACAAUAAAGAUGAUACGUAUGAUUAUCGUGAAACUAAGGGAGGUGGCUCUUGGAAUCCACAUGAUAGUGGUUCUCAAUCUACUCGACGGCUAGAAGGUAGAUCCCUUGAGCAGAAACUUGACAACCUCAAUUGUAAACAUUACAAGUUGGUAAAUAUCGAUCUAACUCGUAAUAGAUACAGAACGGGAAAUAAAUAUUGUUGUGACAAGCAUGAUACUGGUAAAAAAAGGGUCACAGUUAAGGGAGAUAAAAUUAGAGUUAGUCUUCCUGGAGCCAAAGAGAUUCCCUAUUUCAAGCAUCAUAUUGGUGGUGAAUCUGAACUAGCCGGGAUUAAGUAUAACGAGGAUGGUCAGUCUAGUGGUAGGAGGAAUAUAACGUUAAGUGACCAUCCAUUUCCAAUUAAAGGCCCACUCACCGUUUACGUCUUCUACUGUAAUGGGAGUGAUCCAAAACUGAUAUACGUCAAAGAAGGAAGCCCUGUUGUUAACAAGUGGUUCAAGAAAGGCAAUACUGGUGGUUACACAUGGACAGAGACCUUGGAAGGACUCCGAAAUACAAUGCCAGAUAAUAUUAAAGGUUGUGGUGACGGUAACUUUGACCAACUUGUGAAGGAACUAAAAGACUUUGGAUGUGGCUAUUCAACAUGUCCUCAACAACAACCGCCUCCGCCGCCUCUCCUCUACCUGGCGGUGCUGGUUCUGUUACACCUGGCUCUCUUACUGGAUCUACAAACGCUUUGCUGGAGACCCUUGGGUAUAAGACUUCAAGAUGUUGUUGAUUUUUUCAACGGGGCCUUAAUGACAAUGUCGACUUCGAUAGAUAUAAAUGGCCCAAUGCCUGUGAUGAAAACUGAGAUAUUUAAUCAGGAGCAAGGUUAUUGCUUUCUUGAGUUUACUACCGCAGAGUAUGCGGAUUUGUGUUAUAAACUAGAUGGUAUACAGUGUAAUGGGUAUUCUCUAAAACUUAGGAGACCAAUAGAUUUUUCAUCUUCGAUGUCUAGUGAGGAUACUAAAAUUUUUGUGCAAAAUAUCCCAGAAUCAUUCAGUGAGGAGGAUAUACGAAAGCUUCUAGAAGCACAUGGAAAACUUAAAACAUGCAACCUUGUUAUAGACCCGUUUACACGUUUAAAUAAGGGAUAUGGAUUUUUUGAAUAUGAAUCGUCGAGUUCUGCUAAGGAAGCUGUGAUACAUUUGAACGGACAUGUAAUACAGAAUAAUGUGUUGAGUGUAAAGCACGCUGCGUUCUCAUCAUUUGCUGCUGGUGGUAAACCGGCAGACUGUAGAGCUUCUAGUAUUAUAACUUCAGUUUCACACUGUGUCUUCUCAAAUCCUCUUUUGGGGCUCCAAAUGCAAAAUGGAAGAAAGAAGGGAUCAGAACCAUCAAGAGUAGUACAACUUCUUAACGUAGUAUAUCCGGAAGAUAUUCUGGAUGAUAAGAAUUAUCGAGAAAUGCUAAAGGAGAUAAAGGAAGAGGCGCAAAAAUAUGGACCAUUGGAGGAAAUUUAUAUACCAAGAAUACACAAAAGGGAGGAACCUGCCUCUAUUGAAGAUGUUAAGACGGAAGGGAAUGAUAAAGUGGCUGUAAAAUCAGAGGAAACAUCGGUCAAGACCGAUGUAAGACAACAAACUAUCGAAGAUAGAAACAAAGAGUAUCAACUGGGUGUUGGAAAGGUCUUUCUGAAGUAUUCUAACGAAACUGCCGGCAGAAAGGCACAGUAUAUGCUCAAUGGACGCAUAUUUGACAAAAAUAGAGUUGUAUGUGCCGCGUUCUUUCCAUGCGAUCUCUAUCAACAAGGCAAAUAUACACUCCUGUGA